AUGGUGUGGCAUCGGGUAGGGAAUGUUCCCCCAGAGAACGGCAGGCUGCAUGCAGAAGUAGAGGGGCGGAAGAUCUCGGUGAUAUCACACAGAAGCAAGCUGUACUGCUUGGACAGCCUCUGCUUCCACGGUGGAGGACCGCUGGGCAUGGGACCCAUAGAGGACAUCGAAGGGAUCUCUUGCCUCAACUGCCCAUGGCACAACUACAAGGUCACGAUCGAGAAGGGGGAGAAGCUCUAUCAGAGCACGACUCUCGACCCCGUCACCAAGAAACUGAAUCCUGCGGGCUGGAAGAGCGUCGGCCAGCGGCAGCGGACGCACAGGGUGGAAGCGAGAGCUGAUGGGGUAUAUGUGAUGCUGGACCUCAAGGGAGCGAUCGAGAGCGACAGUCUUUCCUUCGGAUAA